GUAACAUUUCCUUACACUUUCCCUACUUGGAAAUUCAAACAUAAAAAUUUCCUUUUUUUUAUGCAUCACAUCAAAAUUAUAAUGAAAAUCAUGAAAUUUAUAUGGUAAAUGUCUAUAGGGACUAUAGGAAUGGCUUCCAGUCGGUGUUACUGUCCAGUCACCCAUGUCAUCUUUGACUGCGAUGGAACUUUACUGAACACCGAAAGCCUAUAUAUGAAGAUAGUGAAUGAGACCUUGGCUCCUUUUGGAAAAACCUAUACUUUGGAGGACCAGGCACGUUACUUGGGAAAAUCAUCUCCCGCACUUGCCAAGGCAGUUGUCGAAGAUUUUAAUCUUCCAAUUACCCCGGAGGAGUACCACAAGUCGUUCAGAAAAGUAAACUACAAGUAUAUGAAAGAGGUUCAGCUUCUUCCUGGUGUUAAGAAUUUAAUCCUCCACCUGCACGAAUUCCGAAUACCCUUCGCCGUUGCCACCAGCUCGGCCAGCGAAACGAUCGCCAUGAAGUUUAAAUACCACAUAGACAUCAAAAAUGCCUUCCACCACAUGGUGUGUGGCAAUGAUCCUGAGCUGGGACCGGGCAGGGGAAAGCCAAAACCGGAUAUCUAUCUACUGGCGGCCUCUCGGUUCAAUCCUCCAGCAAAGCCAGAGAAGUGUCUGGUGUUCGAGGACUCGCCCACAGGUUUAAAGGCUGGAAGAGAAGCCGGCAUGCAGGUCGUGUUCAUCCCCGAAAGUAAAACCGCCCGGGGAUUGGGAGAGGAUCCUACCAUGGUUCUGGGAUCCAUGGCGGAGUUUCAGCCUGAACUUUUCGGACUGCCUGCUUUUCCCAACUGCUCCAAGUUUGAGUUUGGCUGACUAUUAUUUUAGGCUUACAGGUCUUUUAAAGAAAUAAUCAUGGGUA